AUGGAAAAACAAUGCUUGGAUUAUAGAGAUACAAUUGAUAUUUUUGAUGAAAAAAAUAGUAUAUAUUUCCCAUCUAUAGAUGGAUAUGAGUUUUGUGAUAGGAAAUUGAGAUUAGAAAUGCAAGAUGAUACAAAAAUACCUCUUGUUUUAAUUGCAUGUGGGUCUUUUUCUCCCAUUACAUAUCUUCAUCUUCGCAUGUUUGAAAUGGCUUCGGAUGUUGCUUGCAAGAAAUGGGGAAUGGAGGUCUUGGGUGGUUAUUAUUCCCCAGUGGCAGAUGACUAUAAAAAAGAAGGAUUACUUGAAUCGAAAGAUCGCCUCCAGAUGUGUAAGCUUGCUUGUGAAGAAACAAGUUCUUGGCUUAUGAUUGAUGCAUGGGAAGCGUUACAAAAACGACAUACACGCACAGCAAUUGUAUUGGAUCAUUUUAACUAUGAGAUCAAUAAAAUAAGAGGUGGGGUUUUUAUAAAAACGGGAGAAAAAAAAAAAGUGAAAAUUAUGUUAUUAAUAGGAAGUGAUUUGCUUCAAAGUAUGAUGACACAACCUGUUUGGGAAGAAAGAGACCUACAUCAUAUUUUUAAGUAUUAUGGAUGCUUUGUUAUUGAAAGAGGGGAAAUUGAUGUAUUAAGUGAAAUUUCUAAACACAAUAUUCUUUCUAUGUACCAGAAUAAUAUUAUUGUCGUUAAGCAGUGGAUAUAUAAUGAUAUAAGUUCGACAAAAAUACGAUUUUGUAUUCGAAAUGGCUUGAGUAUUAAAUAUUUAUUACCAGAUUCUGUUCUUCAAUAUAUAUAUCAAAAUAAACUUUAUUUAGCCUAA